CUGGAUUCAUUCCUUUAUCACUCGUUUCAAGAUGAAAACUUUUUUUGCACUUGUGUUUCUCGUCAUCUUCCACCUCUCAAAAUGCGCCAAAAUUUUGGGGGUGUUUCCAAUGCCGACCUCCAGUCACUAUAUCCUAGGAAGUGCUUUGAUGAAGGGUCUGGCGGAACAUGGUCACGACGUAACCGUAAUCUCCCCCUUCGUUGAGAAGAACCCCCCCAAAAUGGGUUCCUACAGACAAAUCGAGCUCACAGGCUUCCUGGAGACACACGAGAUUGAAACAGAGCGACUCAAGCAGAGGUCAAUGUUCGACAUGGAAGAUGUGAACAGCUUUCUAGUUUUGCCUAUUUUCUUCUACAUUAUUGGUGACGUAACGGAAGCGACGCUCAAGCAUCCAAACGUACAAGAGUUGUUACGGUCUGAUGAAAAGUUCGAUGCCGUGAUAAUUCAAGAGUUUAUGAAUGAGGCUCAUAAGGGUUUCGCUACACAUUUUAACGCCCCUAUGAUUCUGUUGAGUCCGAUUGGAGCCUGUGCUUGGGUCAACACAUUGGUAGCUAACCCAGCGCCGACGUCGUACGUUCCAGACGCUAUGCUUAGUUAUUCGAGUCAGAUGACUUUCACUGAAAGAUUGACCAACACCGUUUUUCACUUCUAUACCCAUAUUUUGUACCACUUGUUCAAUUUUCCGAAACACGCACGACUCUAUAAUGAGUACUUUCCGAAUAGUGUCCCUUUUUACGACGCUCUUUACAACGUGUCUCUAGUUUUCCUCAACUCCCAUCCGAGUCUAAACCAACCCGUGCCUUACGUACCCAACAUGGUUGACAUUGGGGGUUUUCAUAUAAACCCCACCAAGGAGCUGCCACACGAUUUGCAACAAUUCCUAGACGAUUCCAAAGAAGGCGUGAUUUAUUUUAGUAUGGGUUCAAAUCUAAAAAGCGCUGAGUUCCCUCCCGAAAAGCGUGAUGCUUUUUUGAACACGUUUUCGAAAAUGAAGAUGAAGAUUUUGUGGAAAUGGGAGGAGGAUGUUCUUCCGGGUCAGCCGAAGAAUGUGAAGUUGGGGAAGUGGUUGCCGCAACAAGACAUUCUAGCACAUCCAAAUGUCAAACUUUUUAUGACCCAUGGUGGUCUGCUAAGUACCACGGAAACCAUUUAUCAUGGAGUUCCCGUUCUAGCGAUACCGAUCGCAGGUGAUCAGAAACUGAACGCCCAACGGAUUGUCAAUGAAGGCUUUGGACUCUCGUUAGGGUACAAAGAAAUUUCUGAACAAACGUUAACGGAGAAGUUGGACGAGCUUUUAAACAACCCGAAGUAUACCAGAAACGCCAAAAAACGGUCAGAACUCUUCCACGAUCGACUCGUGGGACCAAUGGAAACCGCCGUUUACUGGGUGGAGUACGUAAUUCGUCACAAAGGUGCCCCUCAUUUAAAAGUAGCCGGAGUGGACUUACCCUGGUAUAAAUACAUGCUACUAGACGUCGGAGUGUUCAUUUUGGUAGUACUACUUCUUAGUUUGUAUAUAUUUUGCAAAAUUAGUAAAAAAAUAUUUUCAUUGUGUUCGAAAUCGAAAGUUCAGAAGGUCAAACGAUCUUAAAGAGUGUUAAAUAUUUUUUUUGUUUUGUUGAAAUAUUUUUAUAUGAAUACAUUAACACACCUACUAAA